UAUAUUUAUAAUGGCCAAUUCUCUUCCGAUAUGGAAAGUAUACUGCUUGAUGGCAGCCCUUGUUGUUGUAGGGGCUGUAGGAGCUUGAAUAGCGAAGUUACAAGGUUUACAACGGGUUGAUAGUGGUGAUAGAUGGGAGCACCCGUGGUUUCAAGCGUUCGCAAUGUUUGUAGGAGAGAUACUGUGUCUUUUCUACUACUUCAUUGAGAAAUAUCUGGAUAAGAGGAAGUAUGGCCCAAGGGGCUUACAUCCUCGGAUCCAUGAAGCUCGGAGGCAGGGAUUGAAAACAAGAAUUAAUUUAUUCAUGUUUGCUAUCCCAGCGUCUUGCGACGCUGUGGCUACAGCAAUGAUAUAUUUCGCUUACCUCAAUAUUCCUUUGAGUGUAGCUGAGAUGAUGCAAGGAGCUUUGGUGCUAAUGACUACGUGCGCUUCAGUAAUAUUUCUUGGUAAGAAAUUUUUCCUAUACCAGUGGGGCAGCCUGGUCUUCAUUGUUGGCGGAAUCUGACUGGUAGGUGCCUCAAGUAUUAAGAAUGAUAAAGGAACUGAUGGAAACCCAGUACUAGGUGUUUGCUUAAUGCUAGGAGCGUUGUUGAUCCAAUCAGCACAACUCAUUGUGGAAGAGAAGCUUUUCAGGACUUAUUACCUGAGUCCUUUGAAAGUUGUUGGGUUUCAAGGUCUUUUUGGAAUCUGCAUCUACCUCGUAUUCCUACCAAUAGCAUAUUUUAUUAAGUGUGGUGGUGAUCUUUGCCCAGCAGGAAGGCUUGAGGACUCCCUGAUGGCUUUAAGAGGGCUCAAGGAAAAUUAUAUUCUCUUAAUUUUGGUUAUCGCUUUGAUGAUUGAUAUAUCAGUUUUUAAUACAUUGGGAAAUUCAGUUACUAAAUAUGCCUCAUGAGCAAAUAGAGCUACAAUUAAUACCGUCAAAGUUGUCCUCGUAUGGAUCUUCUUUUUAAUUUACUGGGGAGAAGGCCAAGAACAUUUCCAUUGGCUACAAUUUGGAGGCUUUAUCCUGAUAGUCAUCGGCACAUUUACAUUUAACUACAUGAAAGACAAGCAGCUCACACAACAAGAGGAGGAAUCUGCCGCAUCUUACAGACCUCUGGUAGCAGAAGUGAACAAAUCUGAUAACAUAAUAUCCCCAUCAACCACAAGCGACAGAGAAAGGUUUGUCUCUAUCUAAGCUCAGUGCAAUUUCAAUUUCUCCAAA